UGUAGUUAAUCGUCUACUGAUGCCUCCCUUGGGAUGAAUCCAGAACUUUCUCUCAAGACUCAACUCCCUCAGCUCAGGUGCUGUCUACUUCUCAAUUGUCACUACUUCAUCCAUCCUUGGAUUUCCCUAAACCUGUCUAGAAAGAGUUCCAGGAAAGUCUUACGACCUGAAACUACAACUUCCAGAAUCCUUUGCGCGCGGCUAAGGGGCGGUGAUUUCGGAGCCGUCUCCCGCUAAGAGAUGGCUGAGUCCUCGGGGUCACCGCACCGCUUGUUGUACAAACAGGUGGGCUCGCCGCCCUGGAAAGAAGCUUUCAGACAGGGAUGUCUCGAGAGAAUGAGAAACAGCCGGCACAGGCUCCUGAACAAGUACCGCCAGGCUGCAGGUGGCAACCCAGGGAGAGCCUCAGACAAGUUUCUUGUGCAAGAAGUGAUGGAGGAAGAGUGGCAUUCUUUGCAGUUGGUAGAGAAUUGUCCGGAGGCCUUGGUUCAGUUGGGAUUGCCAGAGGACCUCGCAGUGCUGCAGGACAUCGAACAGGAGCUGUGUGAUGAAGAAAAGUCCAUCAUAAGCGAGUAUGAGAAGAGUUUACAGUUUGAUGAAAGUUGUCUCAACGCCAUGUUGGCUGAGUGGGAAGCAAACCCCCUCAUCUGUCCUGUGUGUAUAAAGUACAACCUGAGAAUCAUGAACAGUGUGGUCACGUGUCCGUGUGGCCUGCACAUCCCACUGCACUCUCCAGAGCUGACGGAACAGAAGCUGCGGGGCUGUUUGGAGGAUCAUGUAAAUGAGCACAGUGCACACUGUCCCCACACACCUGAAUUUUCAGUCACCGGUGGACCAGAGGAAAAGCCCAGCCUUCUGAUGAGCUGCCUGGCAUGUGACACUUGGGCUGUGAUCUUCUAGUCAUCCUGGCCUCACCUUCACUGCUGAGCUGAGAACUACUCAUUCCCUCUGAGAGGGCCCCUGUAUGCACAAGCCUUUUGUAUAACUUAUUUUAUAUUAAAACUUUUCA